AGAAGAUCCUUUCUCCCUUAAAACUUUCUUCUCUUCAUUUGCCUCAAAAACCUAAAGAGUACUUUAGUUUUAAUUACCAAAACGUUUAAACUAACCUUCAAGAAGUUAAAAACAUGUCCGAUCACCAGAAAAUUCAUCCGGUGAGCGACCCGGAGUCUCUACUUCCAGCGCAUCCAACGGCUCCUCUAGUCCCACGUGCCUCCUCAAGAUCGGAACAUGGUGACCCGACCAAAGAAUCUGUGACGCAACCACCACCUUUGGAUACUGCUCCGAGCGAGAAGAGAGGAAGAAGAAGAAGCUGUUGCUGCAGGUGUGUGUGUUACACGCUCCUUGUUCUUUUUCUCCUUAUUGUAAUCGUAGGAGCAGUCGUUGGUAUACUCUACCUUGUCUUUAGACCGAAAUUACCGGAUUAUAAUAUCGACCGGUUACAGCUCACCCAGUUUACACUUAACCAAGAUUCCAGUUUGUCCACUGCCUUUAACGUAACCAUUACCGCCAAGAAUCCCAACGAGAAAAUUGGAAUCUACUAUGAAGAUGGAAGCAAAAUUAGCGUCUUGUACAUGCAAACCAGACUUAGUAAUGGGUCGUUGCCGAAAUUCUACCAAGGACAUGAGAAUACGACUAAUAUAUUCAUAGAAAUGACUGGUUAUACUCAGAAUGCAACCACUUUGAUGGCGACAAUGCAAGAGCAACAACAGUUAACCGGAAGUAUACCGUUACGGCUUAGAGUUACACAACCGGUUCGUAUUAAACUCGGGAAAUUAAAGCUGAUGGAAGUAAAGUUCUUGGUGAGGUGUGGUGUAUCCGUUGAUAGCUUAGCUGCUAACAACGUGAUUAGGGUUAGAAGUAGUAACUGUAAGUUCAGGUUUAGACUAUAAUUUCAUUUUUUUCCAAGUUCAAAAUUAUUGGUUAUUAUUAUUUUUAUUCAGAAUCUGCAUUACAAUAAUAUGUGGAGGGGUUUAGUUUCGUGGUACCUCCCCUCAGCCGGCUCCAACGUCUUAUAGACCGAGGCAAGAUUGAAAAACAGACUUUUGUUAUAUAACAGUGCAAUAUGCGAUUUUUUUUUCUUUCAAUAUGCGACAUUGUU